AUGGCGCCGAAGAGGAAGGCGAAUGGCGACAGCGUGGGGGGAUCGCAAGCUGACGAGUUCGCAAAGCCGUCGGACGACACGAAGGAAUCGUCAGCCGAGUUCGCCAAGCCGGUUUACCUCGUGGCGGCGCGCGACGACGACCCGGCGGCCUACUCCGUUCUGGAGAUCGACGCCGCUGCCGCUGCCGGUGGCGACGAGCCGCCGCGCAUCCGCACCGUUGCCGGUCUGCCGGCGAGCUCCGAGCCUGGCAUGUCCUUCGUCGCGGCGCAUUCGAAGCACGGCUCCUGGAUAGUCGGCGUCGGCGGUGGGCUAAGAGCGGGCACCAUCAUCUUCGACCCGAGGACAUUGAAGACUUUCCACGGCCCGCGGCUCGGGUACCCCAAGCACGAACCCGUCCUGAUCUCGCACGGCAGCGAGGUAUACGCUAUCUCACGCCGCCCCCGGGUGGUGCCCCGCAUCGACUGCGAACCAUGGUUCGAAUGCCUCAGCUUCAACAAGGGUGUGCCCUCCAAAGAUUGCGGCCUUUGGGUCUCCUGGAGCGACCUGCCAUCUCCACCCUUCUUCCCUAGCUUCCUGAAUCCCUAUGAAUUUCGCAAUCCACCCGAAAUUUCAGUCUCAUCCUAUGCUGUCAUGGGCUCAUACAUCUUGAUUUCCCCGCAACCAGAGCUAGUGGUAGGAACUUAUGCUUUUCAUGUGGUGAACAAGACGUGGGAGAAGAUCCACGACGAGAACCUGCCUUUUGUUGGCCAGGCUUUGCCCAUCGGCGGCAGCCUCUUCGCCGCCUGCCCCAUAUCCAACAACAGUAUUACUGCUUCAGCCUCUGCCUCUGUGUUCCAUAUGUCCAUCAAGGUUCCCCCAUCCACCCUUGUUGCGGCAGUGAGCAAUCCCUCAUUAUCAAUCCAAGAGUUCAAAUUGGUGGCAUCAGAGGACAAGAUUCCCUGGCCACUCUUCUGCCCCAUGGGAAAGGACAGCUUCUGUUUCAUCAGGUUGGGGUCCUCUUGUCGUCGGCAGAGCCGCAAAGCCUCGAAGAAGCUCAAGGUUAGCUUGACUGCCUUAUGGAUCGAGAACACUGAGGCUAUCAUGACUCACUGUCAGUCCCAGGGAGCCAAGGCUAAGGAUCUGCUAGUUGCAUUUCAAGUGAAGGAACAGAGUCAUAAAUGCAAAUCCAAGGGCCUAUUUGGCAUGUCUGUGGUUGCUGCCUUCUCCAUGGACACUGAAAAUGUUGAGCUGGGGGAUGAAAUGAUGGAUACAAUAGCAAGCCGCGCCACUGAUAGCACUGUCUUCGAAGCACCUGUAAUUCGCAUAGGCUGA